AACGGUUUUCUUCAGGAGCGUUGGCUGGCCCCUUCCCGCUGGUCCUGCCCUCCUCCUGCAUUCAAAGAGUGCAAACUUGGAUGCGAGUUGACUCUUCAAAAGCUCUCAGCGAGAUGCAACGUAUGAUGUCUCCUCUAGCUCGGCGCCUUUUGCUGCUGCUCGUCUGCUUGACUUUGUCCGUGUUUGGCGUGGAAAAGGAGAGAAUUAGAGGAUACCGAAAGGACCCUGACGCUGAUAAGUAUGGCAGCUGCAUGCAGGGUCCAGCAGGAACCCCCGGCAGAGACGGAAACCCUGGCGCCAACGGCAUCCCGGGAACGCCAGGCAUCCCUGGACGUGAUGGUCUCAAAGGGGAGAAGGGCGAAUGCAUCAAUGAGCUCUUCGAGGAGCCCUGGAGGCCCAACUACAAGCAGUGUGCCUGGAACUCCUUGAAUUAUGGGAUUGACCUCGGAAAAAUAGCUGACUGUACGUUUACCAAGCUGCGCUCAGACAGCACCCUCAGAGUCCUCUUCAGUGGCUCCCUCAGGCUCAAGUGCAAGAACGCAUGUUGCCAAAGGUGGUACUUCACAUUCAAUGGAGCAGAGUGUGCUGCCCCACUGCCCAUAGAGUCCAUCAUAUACCUGGACCAAGGCAGUCCAGAGCUCAACUCAACCAUCAAUAUCCAUAGAACAUCCUCAGUGGAAGGACUCUGUGAGGGUGUCAAAGCAGGCUUGGUGGACGUGGCUGUAUGGGUGGGGACCUGCGCUGACUAUCCCCGUGGUGAUGCAUCCACGGGGUGGAAUUCGGUUUCCAGGAUUAUCAUUGAAGAGCUUCCCAAAUAAAAACCGUUACAUAAGAGGAAUGGGGUCAGCCCCGGUUCACAUGAGAGUAUGUUAUAUCGUCUUCCAAAAUGCGCAGUUACGGUUUGCUGACGCCUCACAACCACACUGAUGGGAACUUCAUGUUUUGUGGACAGAAUUUACGAUUUGAAAGGCCAUUCACUUUGCCAGGAAUAACAAACUGUAUUGUAGUGUAAUUUUUCUGUUUGCUGGUGCUCUCGGCAGUAAUUGCCAAUUGGUUAACGUACUCAUUUGACUUUUUUUUUUACAUUGCACUUUCAGUGUUAAUAAAAUAAUUUUUUAAAGCUUU